UCUUCACCCUCACAUCCCAACAAAUCUCUCUCUCUCUCUCUCUCUUUCACCUUCUAGGGUUUCUCUACCUCCACUCUCCAAAAUCCAAAGAUUGAAUAUCUUCACCAAAAACCCCACAAAAACCCUGCAACUUCUACCACAGUCCCAUCCAUUUCCAUCACAUUCACAUUCUUUGCUAAACUAACUUUCACUUCCACAACACCAAACCAACCCAUCCCAUCCCCCAACACACAGUUUCCAUUUUUAGCUAGCUAAAAGAUAAGCCCUCAAACCCCACCCAUUCAUGGCCAAGACCAAACCUGGCAAAAAGGACCUCGAUUCUUACACUAUCAAAGGCACCAACAAAAUCGUCAGACCUGGUGAUUGUGUGUUGAUGCGACCAUCGGACUCCGAUAAGCCUCCAUAUGUGGCGCGUGUGGAGAAGAUCGAAGCAGAUCACCGCAACAACGUGAAGGUUAGAGUCCGAUGGUAUUAUCGGCCGGAGGAGUCGAUCGGAGGGCGGAGACAGUUCCAUGGGGCCAAGGAGCUGUUUCUAUCAGACCACUAUGAUGUUCAGAGUGCACACACUAUUGAGGGCAAGUGUAUAGUACACUCCUUCAAGAACUAUACUAAGCUUGAGAAUGUUGGAGCUGAGGAUUACUUUUGUAGGUUUGAGUACAAGGCUGCUACUGGAGGGUUCACCCCAGACCGUGUGGCUGUGUAUUGCAAGUGUGAGAUGCCAUAUAACCCGGACGACCUAAUGGUGCAGUGUGAGGGAUGCAAGGACUGGUUUCAUCCUUCUUGUAUGGGUAUGACCAUCGAAGAAGCCAAAAAAUUGGAUCAUUUUCUGUGUUCUGACUGUUCAUCUGAUGAUGAUGCCAAAAGAUCCUUAAAUGUUUUCCCUGUAUCACCAUCUGUUGAGGCUAAGGUGGAGCCAAAGCGCAGGAAGAGAUGACUGACUGUGACACAUAAUGGGGAGGUACUCAUUUCUUGCUCGUCUCCAGUAUUGUUGUUGUUGUUGUUGUUGUUGUUGUGUGAUGUGGAAUUGUACAGUGCAGAGAAGAUACUGUGCUUGCACAAACCAAAGGCUUUUCUUGUUUUACCAUGUUCAAAUGUUUGUAUGUGUGCUAGACUUAGGAGAUGACUUUGUGAUCUGUAUUUUCCUUGAAGAGCACAAUGUGCAAAAAGUGCACGAAUCUAAAUUAAGCGCAGAAUACACAAGAACAAAAAACCUUAAAUUUAGGCAAAACUGUGGGCUCUGUUGUGAUGUCCUUGUUGCUCGUGUUAUUACUGUACGUGCCACCCCAAUUUUACUAGCCUUUUUUAUUGUCCCUUUAUAACCUUUGUUGAGGGGAAAGGUAGAUAGAAGAUGAAUGGGGUACAGUGUUUUUACCCCAAGAUCAAUCAAAUGUUGAAUCUAUUGAUGGCAACUAUAUCAGUGGCUCAAGAUAAGUGGACUUAGGUUAUUGUUGAGUUAGUAGGUUAUUGUUGAUUCUCAUUUGAGCCCACUACUGACAUCACUUCAUCAUCUACCAUUAGCAACUUGCCACCUCAAUGAUUGUGAAAUAUUUUGUGAGGUUUUGGCGUCUCUAGAGUUUUUGAUAAUGAAGUGGGUUUGCUCUAGCUAUCAUCCACAUCAUGAUGCCACUGGGUUGACCCGAUUUACUGGUGGAACUCUUUCUUUACUCUGGUUGAUUUUUCAAAACUCCAAAGCCCUACUUCCAAUGCUUUGAGUUAUGAAGAAUUGAAGAUUCACAUAAUUGCACCUACUUCCUUUUUCAGCUGGAAGAUCAUUCCAAGAAAACUAGACUAUGAUGAAUUUUGUUCACUUCCAUACAAGCAAACUUGUAUCAUGCAAUUGGCAUUUUAUAUGAUGUUAUUUGUGUUGUAUAUUAUGGACUUAUCAAGGAGGCAGGGGAUAUCCUGGCAUAUCAGAACUGCUACUUUUUUGUUUUAAUAAUUAGAUAGAUGGGGGUAGGGGUAUUUGAACAUUGGAGAAUGUUUCCAUUAAAAACACCAGGAUGUGCCAACAAA